AUGAGUACACCACGCGAGGCGAGGUCCAACGAUAACGUAGAGCUACUGCCGUUAAAGUCGGCACUUGUAAACAAUAAUUACAGAGAUGACGACGCCUACUACCCGCCGCAGCCAGCCUUCAACAACAAUCCGUCGACUUCCAAUUUAUUCGAAUACACGCUUCUGUCAAAAAGGACACCGGCCUCCAAACGAUUACUAUCAAAAACAACACAGCCGACGCCGACUCCACUGGUGACGUUAUGUGGCGCUCCGCCGCCGUCGCGCAAGCGCGAGGAGCUAGCGGCACUCGCCAACCUGCGAAAGAAAGUUGCACCGGCGCUACUGCAGAACUCAAAAAAUAACAAUGAAUCAAGUAAAGAGGACAACGAAGAACAAUUGGACAACAGACCCAAACUUCUGCAGAAGGUGCUACGAAGCAAGCCGGUGAGCAUGGUAGUACAGUGGAGUGAGGUGCGGACCGCCUGGCAGGACAGCGACUUCAUCACGGAGUGCCUGUGUUGGCACAAUGUGUACCGGCAGCGGCACGGAGCCACGCAACUCUAUAUGGCGCCUGAGUUGUGCGACUACGCCCAAGCUUGGGCCAACCAUUUGGCUCACACAAACAAGUUUCACUAUAGGAAUGACCGGGAUGUUGGCCAAAACCUCUACCAGCGUCCCGUCAGCGCGCUCCAACCUGACGUCACAGGACAAGAAGUGUCUUCCUAUUGGUAUGCAGCAGUGCGCCAAUAUAAUUUCUUCAAAGAGCCAGAUAUUCUUCACGCUAACGUAAAUGCAGGUCACUUCACACAGAUGGUAUGGGUCGCGACCCGCUUCUUCGGAGUUGGCAAAGCGCGUUCGCGCGCUGGCAAAAUCAUCGUUGUCGCCCAUUACUCUCCACCUGGUAAUAUAUCUGGCCAAUUUGAGACCAACGUACUUCCGCCAUUACCCGAAAACUUCCCCGAGAUUCCGCCACCGCCGACCCACUGACGACUAUCGAUACGUGGCAGACGAUUCAAAAUCGAUGCCACGUGGCAGAAACCCAAUUAAGUGAGGUGCGGGUUAUAUAUUUUCUUUGAUAUUACGUCAUUUUUAACUGACUCUCAAAUAUUUUCGAUUAUAUUAAAUACUUCAUGACAAUGGAACA